AUGGCUGAGAGAGAGCGCAUUUUAAAGGAAUCUCUUUGCCAGGACUUCUUUAUGACACUCCAGUCGCGGAUGCUGCCUGCAAUGAGGGCAGAUUUCGACUGGCUGGUAGCUUAUGCGCGGCUGUACGCAGGCGUGUGGCCGCGUGUCAGCAAAGGGGAUAAAGCGGCAGUGACAGCAAACUACGCCAAGUCAUUGCGGCAGGACCGCGAACGCUUGUUCGAGGUCCUCCAGGAGCUCAUCGUGUUCAUGUGUGGACGCGCGAUAUUAACCGUCCUCAUCUCGGAGGUAGAGGCCCAAGGUGAGAACUCAGACGAGCCAGUGACUUCUGCGGCGGAAUAUAUAUCCGCCAUGAUUCUUCAGAAGCGGGCGCCGGUGGUGGACUUGAAUGGGUCCAAAGACCCCCAGCCAUCGAUGGGGCGUGUAGGGGAUCUGGCGAAGGCCGCCGGAGCCUCAACCAAAGACAAGGGGCCCCAAGUCGGCGGCGGAAAAGAGGAAGGAAGCCUAUUGUGCGGCGAAGAAGGCAGAAGCCGCGCGACACCAAGAGCAAGGGUUGCGUGCCCAGCAUCUCUCGGGGUUAGUAGACC